GCCGGAGUUUCUGGGCUCUGAACUCUGCCAUGUUGGGUUAAGGGAGGGUUUUAAACACUGUAAUUAAAAAAAAUAAAUAAGUACAAAAAAAACAUUUUUAAUUGCGUAAUUAGUUCUGUGUGUGUCGUACACGGAUAAGGACGGGUUGCGAAGUUUCACUGUUUUUUUUUCAAAAGUGAACUUUUAUUUUUUAAUUAAUUAUUUUUUUUUUUUAAUUUUUAAUGUUUUUAUGUAAAGUUAUAAUAAGCAAUGGACGGCGCGGUUACCUCAGACAUGGCCUCGGACGUCCCGUCGCUGGGUGUUGCCCCCGGUAAACAGGGCGCGGAGAGCCAGGCCGGGGGGGCUGUCGUCGCUCAGAGGGGACCCAAGAGACGGGCACCCCUUGACUUCGAUGACGACGAUGACGAAGGUGACGGAAACAACAAAUUAUUCAGGUGUGAGGAUGACCAGGGUGGCAGCAAUGACAAGGAAAGGUUUGCCAGAGAGAACCACAGUGAGAUUGAACGGCGUCGGCGCAACAAGAUGACCGCGUACAUCACGGAGCUGUCGGACAUGGUGCCCACGUGCAACGCCCUGGCACGCAAACCAGACAAGCUGACCAUCCUGCGCAUGGCCGUGUCACACAUGAAGUCCCUGCGCGGCACGGGCAACACGGGCACCGAUGGCAGCUACAAACCAUCCUUCCUCACCGACCAGGAGCUGAAGCACCUGAUUCUGGAGGCUGCGGAUGGCUUCCUGUUUGUGGUGUCGUGUGAGACGGGCCGGCUGGUGUACGUGUCGGACUCGGUCACGCCGGUUCUGAACCAGCAGCAGUCGGACUGGUUCGGCAGCUCCCUGUACGAGCAGGUCCACCCCGAGGACGUGGACAAGCUGAGAGAGCAGCUGUGCACGAGCGAGAGCGCCAUGACAGGGCGAGUCCUGGACCUCAAGACUGGCACAGUGAAGAAGGAGGGCCAGCAGUCCUCCCAGAGGAUGACGUUGGGGUCCCGACGCUCCUUCAUCUGCAGGAUGAGGUGUGGAAACUGUCCCGUGGAGCCCGCCUCUGUGAACAGACUGAGCUUCCUGCGCAACAGAAACAGGAGUGGUCUGGGUCCAGUUAAGGACGGGGAGCCCCAGUAUGUGGUGGUGCACUGCACUGGAUACAUCAGGUCCUGGCCCCCUGCUGGAAUCUCGUUGCCGGAGGAGGAGUCGGAUGCUGUGCAGGGCAGUAAGUUCUGUCUGGUGGCAAUCGGCAGACUGCAGGUGAGCAGCUGCUCCAGCAGCACAGACAUGAGUAACAUCUCCAUCCCCAUCGAGUUCAUCUCCCGGCACAGCAGCAAAGGGGUCUACACCUUCGUGGACCAUCGCUGCGUGGCCACCGUGGGCUACCAGCCACAGGAGCUCCUCGGGAAGGAGGUGUUUGAGUUUGCCCACCCUGAGGACCAGGGGCUGCUGCGGGACAGUUUCCAGCAGGUGACCAAGCUGAAAGGGCAGGUUCUGUCUGUGAUGUUCCGGUUCCGGUCCAAGAGCAGAGAGUGGAUCUGGAUGAGAACCAGCUCCUUCACCUUCCAGAACCCCUUCUCCGAGGAGGUAGAGUACAUCAUCUGCACCAACGCCAACGUCAAGGCCCCGAGCCAGGAGUCUCGCCCUCCCCUCCCCCCCCCUUCAGUGCAGAUACCCCGCCUGGGGCAAAGUCCCAACCUGGCUUUGGAAAUGAGCCCGAGGCAGACGGGAUCUAGGCAGCUCCAGCAGCAGCAGCAGCAGGCAGAGCUGGAGGGGGUCCCCGGCCGGGACGCUAUCGCCCCCUACGCCUCGAGCCCUGUCGACGCCAUGCAGGGGAACCACCUGACACAGGUCUCUGUUCAGCCAGUGGCAGCGACCGGGCCGGAGCGCAGCAAACCCCUGGAUAAGGGGAGCCCCCUCUUCCAAGACAUGUACCCCGGAAUCAGCCCAGAGCAGAGCAAGCCCCUCCCUCCCAGCGUCGGGCAGGGUGCCCAGCAGAUAUUUUCCCAGGGGACCCCCUACAGCAACACGCGGCCUGCAGAGAGCUUCAGGAGUGCUGGCCUCACUCCCCAGGGUGCUGUUCUCCAGCAGCAGUCUGGCUCAGCCGGUCAGAUUCUUGCGCAGAUCUCUCGGCAGUCGAACCCGGUGCUGGUGGGAGGAGCCUCGACGUGGACAGGGAGCCACGCCCCCUUCAGCGCUCAGCAGCAGCAGCAGAUGGUUUCCCAGCAGGCCUCUUUGAAGACUCAGUCCCCCUCGUACGGGAUGGGCAGUUUCCAGGGGACCCCCUCGUCCUUCAACCCUGUGUCCACCGUGUCCCCCAGCGCAGCCAGCAUGUACCCCAACAGCAACCCCGCCCGCAACCCCGCCAUCUCCACCGCCACUGCUGCCGGCACAUUCGGGGAGUCUAACCAGGCAGGCAUGCAGUUCCAGGCGCGUCCAGCGGAGGGCGUGGGGGUGUGGCAGCAGUGGCAGGGUGCAGGGACUCAGCACGGCCACCAGGGGAGCAGUCAGGUGGAGGUGUUUCCGGACAUGCUGUCGAUUCUCGGGGAGCAGGGACCCGGGUUCGGGAGCGAUGAGUUUGCAGAGCUGCCCAUCUUCCCAUCCUUUAAUGAGUAGAGAGGGGGCGAACGCAGGCCUCCGAAACAGCAGCACUCUGCAGCUCAAGCACAGCGCAGCGAGGGGGGCUGCUGUCGGGACUUUUCACUGGGGAGCUGGAGGGGGAAGGGGGGGGGGGGGGGGGGGGGGGGGUCUAUUUUCACAUACUAAGCGUGUGAUUUCUGUAGGUGAAAUAACAGCAGAGACAGACCAGGAAUCAGAGUAAAAAGAUACUGAACUCUGCAGGAAAAUGAAAAGGUGCGACAAUCAGGAGCGGCAGUAGCCUACUGUAUAUGUUUGUAUCAAAGUAUAUUUUUAAAGGAGGAGAAGAAAAUGCCUCUCUCUGUCUCUCUAUAUAUUAUACUACACACACAGAGGGGUGGCAAGAAGACUCCCAGUGCAGAGCAGUGUGAUCCAGUCCUGGUUUCACUAGGAGUUUAAUAAUCGGACGCACCUCGUUCCCAGGGGGCGGCACACAAUUGGCCGAGCGCCGUCCGGGGGGUGGGGGGGCUUAGGUCGGCCAGGGUGUCCUCGGCUCACCGCGCACCAGUGACCUCUGUGGACUGGCCGGGCGCCUGCGGGCCUGCCUGUAAGCUGCCCAGAGCUGCGUGGUCCUCCGACGCUGUAGCUCUGAGGGGGCUGCAUGGCGAGUCUGCAGAGUGAAAAGAAGCGGGCGGCUGACGACACACGCUACGGAGGAAGCCUAGACACGCUGGGGCUCACGCUAGACACGCUGGGGCUCACGCUAGACACGCUGGGGCUCACGCUAGACACGCUGGGGCUCACGCUAGACACGCUGGGGCUCACGCCAGGCACGCUGGGGCUCAUCAAGCUGGUAGUAAAACCUGGACUGGGUGAAGCUGCUGUGCAACAGGAGUCUUAUCUCCAUCCAUAAUCUAAAUAUCCCACCUCUAUCACCAACAUACUGCAGCUGUCUUUCCUCUAGCAUCAGUGAGAAACCUCCUUCAACCAACGACUAUCUGUCUGCAGGGAUGUUGCACAGCAGUGUGAUCCAGUCCUGGGUGCGAGGGGGAGGGGUAAAAGGAUGAGAGAAGGGGGUGGGGUGGGGUGGGGUGGGGGGGGGAGGUGUGUAACAAUGAUCUGCACUUUUGGGAUACAAGCCAUUACAGGACUGGUUGAUUUUAUAACGUUUGGCUGCCGGGUAUCUGACACUGCGGGAUUCAAUUGAAAUUAUGGCGCUACAAAAAAAAAAAAACAGGAAAGAAAAACAGAAACUUGUAAUCGUUUAUUGGCUGUCGUGUCCCGAGAUACUUUGUUGCUAUAGUAACCGUGCCAUAAUUACAAUUGAAGGCAACGUCUGUGUAACUAUAGACACUUAAAAAAAAUGAUUUUAGUUUUUUCUCUCUCAAUAUUACUUCAUUGUAUGAUCUUCCACAUCGUGUGAUCGGAUUUUAAAUAAGAGAAUUGUUUUGUGUUUUUUUUUUAAUCAAAGCAACACGAUCCCAUCUGUACAGUUAAGAGCAAGAGGGCUUUAGAUCUGGAUCUGUGCUCGCUGUAAGAAAACAAAUAGUUACAUAAUCAUUUGUUUUUGUGCAAUGGAUAACUGAAUGUUUUGCAAAUUGUGUUUUAUUUAGCCGAUAUUUCACAAAACAAUGAUACAGUUUGUUUUUCUUUGUCUUUGUGUGCCUGUAUAUAUAAAUAUAUAAAGAAUUGUCUUUUAAAA